AUGAUGCUGCUCAAGUUCGCAGUCCUUUUCUGCGGCGCGAGCGCCCUGCUGGCCCCGCAAACCCCCUGCCGCGCCCGCCCACGGACCCGCGUAGGAGCGUCCUUCGUGGACCUCGCGCCGGAGCUGCCCGGGUCCCUCGUCGCGGCCCUCCGGGAGCGGAACAUCGUCGCGCCGACGCCGAUCCAGGAGGCCGCCGUGGGCCCGCUCCUCGGCGGCGCGUCGGCCAUGCUCGCCGCGGAGACGGGCAGCGGCAAGUCCGUCGCCUUCCUGCUGCCGACCGUCGCGCGGCUCGAGGCGCUCGACGCCGGCGGCGACGUCGCGGCCGCCGUGCUCGUGCUCGCGCCGACGCGCGAGCUGGCGCUGCAGCUCGCGGCGGACGCCGCGGGCAUCGUCGGCGACGAGUCGAAGGUGCAGCUCCUCGUCGUCGGCGCGGCGACGACGGCCGACGCGUUGAAGGCCGCGCGCGUCGUCGUCGCGACGCCGAAGGAGGCGCUCGACGCGUUCUCCGCCUACAAGGUCCUCGGCAAGAAGGCGGCGGCGUUCGGCGCCGUCGUCCUCGACGAGGUCGACGCCCUCCUGCCACCCAAAAAGAAGGACUACCGCUCCGCGGGCACGAAGAAGCGCGCCGCGCAGACGGGAAAAAAGAAGAAGCAGCUCACGGAGAAGCGCCAGGCGGCGAACUCGCCCGCGGAGGAC